CACCACUCUGUGAGUCUCUGAGAGCUGGGGUUGAGGCAUCAUAUCGACGAAGACCGAUAUAAAAAAAGGUCUCUGUCCUCUCCGAACUCCAUGUGGCAAUCACUGACGGUGGACGUUUCAACCGGUGUGUACACACGUGUAUAAAUCUGUUGUAAAGCAAUGGAGAGCACCAAGGACAGCGACUACUUCAAGAAUGAGGCUGUAGUCUCCAGCAGCCCCAUUGACAAGAGCGCGGGGGACAUCCAGAGUGUUGGUGGACCCGGUGUCGUGGUCGACCAUGGCCUGCAUAGGGCACUCAAACAGCGUCAUUUGCAAAUGAUUGCUUUGGGCGGUGUUGUCGGAGCAAGUAUUUGGUAUGGAACGGGAACCGCAAUCUCAUACUCAGGACCGAUUGGUGCACUUAUCUCUUUUGCGGUGAUUGGUCUUGAUGUGUUCUUCGUAAUGCAAAGCUUGGGAGAACUGGCCACGCUCUAUCCGACACCCGGUGCAUUUACUGAGUUGGCUGGACGAUUCAUUGAUCCCGCCGUCUCCGUCGCACUGGGAUGGAACUACUGGUAUAUGUGGGUGGCGAAUCUUAUGGCCGAGUACAAUAUGGUCUCCGUCGUGUUGACAUACUGGACCGACAAGGUCCCGUCGUACGGCUGGAUCCUUAUAUUCUGGUUCAUUUAUCAAUGCAUCUCCUUUUUCGGUGUCGUUAUAUACGGAGAGUUGGAGUUCUGGCUGGCGGUUUGGAAAGUCAUCUGCGUGCUUGUUGGAUACCUUCUAGCCAUCCUCGUCAAUACAGGUGCAAUUGGAGGGGAUUACAUUGGCUUCCGCUUUUGGCGCGAUCCCGGCCCCUUUGCAAAUGGCAUCAAUGGCUUCGGUCAGUCCUUUGUCCUGGCUGCGGUGUACUACUCCGGAACUGAAAUGAUUGCUAUCACCGCGGGAGAGAGCCGAAAUCCAAAGAGAGAUGUGCCAAAGGCAAUCCAGCAGACCAUCUUCCGUAUUGUACUGAUUUUCCUCGGCAUGGUCUUCUUCGCCGGCAUUCUCGUGCCUUCAAACGAUCCCAGCCUUUUGAAAGCAGGAUCUAAGACAGGCAAAUCCCCGUUCAGUAUUGCCUUGCAAAAUGCCGGUUGGAAAGCAGCUCCAGAUUUGAUCAACGUGUUCAUUUUGACAGCCUCAUUCUCUGCUAUGAAUUCUGCCAUCUACAUUGCCUCUCGAGUGUUGCACUCAUUAGCUGGAAUGGGACGUGCCCCAGCAAUACUGGGAAAGACCACUUCGAAAGGCGUCCCUAUCUAUGCCGCCAUAUUGUCCAACCUCAUGGGGCUUAUAGCACUUGUCAAUGUUGCAAGUGGCGCUGGGACAGCAUUCACCUAUAUCCUCGAUAUUGCAGGCGCGGCGGCAUUCAUUGCAUGGGCAUGUAUUGGCGUCACUCAUCUUCGCUUCCGCCGUGCAUGGAAGCUUCAGGGCCACAGUCCAAAUGAACUUCCAUUCCGCGCAUUCCUUUUCCCCUGGGGCGCGUACUUCAUUACCUUUCUCAAUAUCUUCCUGUUGCUGAUUCAAGGUUACGGAACAUUUAUCACUCCUUGGCAGCCGGUGGCUUUUGUAUUUUCGUACAUCAUUGUCGUGCUUUUUGUCGGGCUGUUUGCCAUUUGGAAGGUUCUGAAGAGAACCAAGUUCGUCAAUCUGGCAGAAGUGGAUCUGCAAUCUGACCGGAAAGAGUCGCUUGGAGGUAUGGACGACGAGGAGGAGCGAAGUGGUUUCUUUGCUAAAACAAAGAACUUCGUAAAGUCGAGAUUACAUCGUUAA